CGCUUUAAGCGCCUGGCUGUCCCUGCAAACUGCUCCUUCCACAUUCUCGGGGUGGUGGGGUGGCGGGAGGGUGGGGUGCCGGCACGCCCUCCCGUGAGGCCCACAAGGUGCAGGGCGGGCGGCCCCCGGGAGGGGAGCUGCCCGCCACCCGCCAGACUCAUGGCUCUGCUGCUCCUGGCGCUGCUGGCGCUGCUGGCGCUCUGGGGGCUGCUCCGCGCCCGCGCCGGUACCCCAGCCCCAGCCCCCCGCUGGCCCCCAGGACCGUGGCCCCUGCCCCUCGUCGGGAACCUCCACUUGCUGCGGGGGGCACAGCAGGACGAGGCGCUGAUGCAGCUCAGCAAACAGUACGGGCCGGUGUUCACCGUGCAUCUUGGGCACCAGAAGACGGUGGUGCUGACUGGCUAUGAGGCGGUGAAGGAGGCCCUGGUGGGCACCAGGCAGGAGCUGGCUGGCCGGCCCCCCAUUGCCAUCUUCCAGCUCAUCAACAGAGGCGGGGGCGUCUUCUUCUCCUCAGGCCCACGCUGGCGGGCCGCCCGCCAGCUCACCGUGCGCGCCCUCCACAGCCUGGGCGUGGGGAGGGCGCCCGUGGCCGACAAGGUCUUGCAGGAGCUGAGGUGCCUCAUGGCACAGCUGGACAGCUACGGAGGCCGGCCCUUUCCGCUGGCCGUGCUCCGCUGGGCUCCCUCCAACAUCACCUUCGCGCUCCUCUUCGGCCAGCGGUUCGACUACCAGGAUCCUGUGUUCCGGUCCCUGCUGGGCCUCGUUGACGACGUCAUGGUCCUCCUGGGGAAGCCAAGUGUGCAGCUCUUCAACCUCUACCCGCGGCUCGGGGCCCUCCUCCAGCUGCACCGGCCGGUCCUGCGCAAGAUCGAGGAGGUGCGGGCCAUCCUGAGGGCCCUCCUGGAGGCUCGGCGGCGCCGCACACCCCCGCGAGGGCCGGAGCAGAGCUACCUGGACGCCCUGAUCCAGCAGGGCCAGGGGAAAGACCCCGAGGGCCUGUUUACCGAGGCCAACGUGGUGGCCUGUGUCCUGGACAUGGUCAUGGCCGGCACGGAAACCACCGCCGCCACGCUGCAAUGGGCCGCCCUGCUGAUGGGCAAGCACCCGCGCGUGCAGAGCCGUGUGCAGGAGGAGCUGGACCGCGCGCUGGGGCCCGCACGGCUCCCGCGGCCGGAGGACGUGCACGCCCUGCCCUACACUAACGCCGUGCUGCACGAAGUGCAGCGCUUCAUCACGCUGCUGCCCCACGCGCCGCGGUGCACGGUCGCCAACACCCAGCUGGGCCCCUACUUGCUCCCCAAGGGCACGCCCGUGCUGGCCCUACUGAACUCCGUGCUCCUGGACGAGACACAGUGGGAGACGCCGCGCCAUUUCAACCCGGGCCACUUCCUGGACGCCGACGGGCGCUUUGUCAAGCGGCCGGCCUUCCUGCCUUUCUCCGCAGGCCGCCGUGUCUGCGUGGGGGAGAGCCUGGCCAGGUCGGAGCUGUUCCUGCUGUUCGCCGGCCUCCUGCAGAGGUACCGCCUGCUGCCCCCACCCGGCCUCAGCGCCGCUGCCCUGGACACCACGCCUGCCCCUGCCUUCACCGCACGGCCGUCCGCCCAGGCGCUGUGCGCAGUGCCCAGGCUGCAGGGGCGCUGACCGCAGAGGCCUGGGCUGUGUGACACACUCCCAGGGCACUGGGGUUGGGGUCAGGACAGGAUGGAUGGACAGACAUGCAGGCCCUCACCGGGCUCUCUGCUGCGGCCACCACGGGCUGUGUGUCCCGGGCCAGGGAGCCUCAUCUGGGCACCAUAGGGGAUGGGGUGACCCCCCUCCCCCCCGGCCCAGGGGCCCCUCCCAGCCUAGCUCUCUUCUCCAGCUCCCAGGCCCCACAGCCCAGGGCAGAGCUGGGUCCCCUUCCGCUCUGCCCCCAGACCCUGGGCGUUGCUGCUGCCUCUGUCUACACCAGGGCCCCUGCCAGCCCUCUGGGAACCCCUCAACAGGUGCCACAACCCCCCAUUCCCACAGGCACCUCGGGCUUCCUGCUGCCCCUUCUCCCAUGCUCCCCUCGCCACUGGCCCUCACCCGGUUCCCCAGCAAGGCCACGUGCCAGGCACAGGGGUGUCACCUGCCUGAGCUUGGGGUGCAGGGAGAUAGCCGGGGCUACUGGGCCCCAUGGCAACGUCCAUCCAGAGGCCAACCUCGGACCAGCGUUUCCGGCUUGCUCUGCACUGUGCCAGGCCCUGGGCCCACCGGGACCUCUGCAGACCCCACCCUGUUCUCAGGGCUCCUGGGUGCCCUGUGGACCGUGGGCCAGUCGAGGGAGAGCCGCUGCCCAGAGUGGGUCAGCCAGGCUGGGGUGGGGCGGGUCGUAGGAGUUUGCAGGGAGGCCUGCUCCCAGAGCUCUUGCCCUACAAUCCCCCAGGACCCUCCCCACAAGCCAGCUCUUGGUCUCUCGCUGGAGACCACACGCUGAGGGGCGAGGGGCGGGCCAGGACGUGCAGGUCAGCUGAGAUCACAGCCCUGCCUGCCCAACACCACCUCUGCGAGCAAGACAUGGGCAAUCAAGGCAUGGUUCCCGCCCUCCUGGAGCUCAGAGCUCACCGACUGAACUGACAGGACCAAGGGAGGCAUGGGGCCCUGGUUCCCAGCUGGGGCCAGUAGGGCCUUCCUGGAGGAGGAGGGGGGAGGGGUGCAUCCGAGGAGCACGAAUUUAAAGGUCUGCCCGUGCUGAGUGUCGGUGACCACAUGGGGAGGCUGCCCUCGGGGCGUAAGCUGGUGAGCAGGACAGGUUGGGGUGGGAGGAACUGGGUGACAGGCACGUUUCCCUCCAGACGUUCACAUGGAACGGCCCAGGAUGCCUCGGGCAGCACACAGAUCUGGGGGAGAGGUGGGGAGGAGAAGCUUCCCGAGAACCUGGGGCAGGGCUGUGGGCGCCAUGCGUGGGUGCCCUGAUGGACGGCACAGUGGGCCUGGGGAGCAGAGGGUGGAGGCGCCGCCGAGCCCUCCUCUUCUCUGGAUUUGUCUCUUUACUCGGCUGGGUUGGGCUUUCAUUGCCCCACUGACCCCAGGCCAGUGCCCUGCGCUCCUGGAAAUCAGGGGAGCCGAGGGCAGCGGUCCCCACCUGCCCGCCAUCAAAUCAGUAAUAGGCGCACCUGU